CUUUAAAUGGAUCUUGGAGAUCCAUCCUUUUCACUCCCAAGGAUAUUCAUCUCUCUCUCUCUCUCUCUCUCUCUCUCUCUCUCUUUGUGCAUAUCUUUGUAGACUGGAUUAGUUGUGGAGCUUUGGAAGGAGGAGAGAGAGGAUGGACAGCAGUUAUUUUGGUGAAUUGGGAUUGGGAAGUGGAAGAUCUGGUUCCUCUCGAAAGGGGAAGAAAAACACUUCAGAGAAACCCAAGCAACCCCAGAGAGGACUUGGAGUGGCUCAGCUGGAGAAGAUCAGAUUGCAACAUCAAAUGGCCGAAUAUCUUCCCUUCCUUCAGUCCCCAUCUCAUAGUAAUCUCAGAAUGGAUGACAUGCGAGUAGAUAUGGCAUUUUCAUCAUCUCCCUCUUCCUCAAAUAUGGUCUCACCAUCAGUUGUCCCUCUUCAUCCAAACACCAUGAUGAGUUAUGGGGACACUGAAAGAAGAACAGGUGUCACAUAUGGUGAAUUCCACUCGAGUCCUCCAUCCAGGCCCCUCUCAAAUCAUGAUACGACCUCUCAACCCCAUCAUUGUUCACCACCGACUGUAACACGACCCCUCUGGGAACAAACAAUGGAGAAUUCUUCUCAGAAGAAGCCGCGGCAUGAUCGAAGCUGCUCAACCGGUUCCAUGAGUCAGAAAUCUGAUUCAAGUGACACACAAGAAAUAGAUCUAGAGCUUAGAUUAUCAAUAUAGACACCUGCAAGAAACGUUCCAGGUUCAUGGUUUAGUUCUUCUACAAUAAAUUUGCGUUGCUGUGUUAUAGUUUGUAUGAUAACUGAUCAUUUUACUGAAGGAAUGUGUGUGAUGGGAAGUCCAAAGCCAUUAGAAAGUUUGUCAACAACGUACCAUCGGAUCGCUUGCAUGAUGAAUUGAGAAACCCAUGCUCUUAUUUCGUUCUUAUUUUUCUUUCUGAGAUAGAAAUAUUGUGCAUGCCCUAUGCAAAAAUUCAUUUCAUUGAGAGGUUGAAAUACGUUGUUCUGACCAUUGAAAUGUGGAAGGGAUCAAAAUAAGCAAUUCGGCGUUUCUUUUUCUAUUUUAUAUAUAUUCA